AUGAGAGUUCUCCCCCUUUCAGGUGAGAUGUCUGAAAAGUUAAGCAGAUGCCGGAAGGAGCUAACAGCGGCUAUUGACAGAGCAUUGGAAGAUCUCUCAGUUCCUCUCCAUCACUCCUCAGAUAGUACCACCAACCUGGAUUUUGACUUGCUGACAGUGGAAUCCUUAACGGCUUCCAAUGAAGAACUCAUUAGUCACAAAGAAGAGCCCAUUGUAUGUUUUCCUCAGCAGCUUUUAUCAGAUUCAUCUGUUCCAGAAAAAGAGAAUCCUCUCAAGACAAAUUUCACUCUCCUGAUCACAACCUCCAACACUCCUUCAAAACGGGAGCCAUUGAUAAGCAAGGAAAAUACAUGUCUACAUCCUCCGGUUCUCAUGACUGACAGGCAGUUUCUCAUUGGAAAAACUGAUGAAAGGCCAACAAAGCUAGACACAAGUGUAACUGCCAAUGAUAUCCCUCUAGAGUGCCCGAAAGAUCUUGCAGAUAUGGAUGGAAACUCAGAUGUUUGCCCAGCAGAAAAGGUGCAAAGGAAGCCAGACUUCGAUGAACUGCAGCAAAUCAGCAGGCUCAAAAGAGAACUGUUGCCUCCAGAUGAGGCUUCAGCCUUUGGCCAGGAGACAAGGAGCAGUUUCGGAAGAAUCCUGGAGAACAGCCCAGAGGAUGAGGAGAUAAUUGAAACCCUGCUGGAUAUGGAAGAGGAUUACAGGCUGAACAGCUCCAUCCUGCACCAGCCCUAG